AGAGCAGUGUAGUGGUGUAGUGCUGUCAGUACGGCCGCGACUCCGCACCGCGCGCUACGCCACGCUCGCAGUCCGGCGCCAGUCCCGCUCCGACGCUCCCACAUGCCGAGAGACGAGUCUUCCGAUGGUGCGGCCGCGUGGCUGCGGCGCUGGUGGCGCGCACUCGUGGCCGAGCUGGUGGCCACGGCGCUGCUGGUGUGGCUGGGAGUGGCCGCCAUGAUGCCGGUGCGUGGGCCCGGCUCCGUAAUGCUGGCACACCCCGCUAUGGCCUUCGGCUUCGUAGUGAUCGCCAACGCGUGUGCCUUCGGGCCCGCGUCGGGUGCGCACAUGAACCCCGCUGUGACGCUGGCCGCGGUGCUGUACGGGCAGCUGGGCGCCAGCCCUGCGCUAGGCUACGUGGUGGCGCAGAUGCUGGGUGCCGUGCUCGGUUUCGGUGCGCUGCUGGGCACUACCCCGGCUGAGGCGGCGCAUGCACCCACAGGCUGCACGCUGCCGGCGCCAAACGUGUCGGCGCUGAGCGCGGCGCUGCUGGAGGCGGCGCUGACCGGGGUGCUGGCGCUGGCUUGUUGCGGCCUGUGGAGCGCGCACGAUCCCGCGCGCCCGGAUCCCGCUGUGCCCAUCAAGCUGGGGCUUGUCGUCGCUGGCCUUGUUUAUGCAGGGGGCCAUGCGACCGGAGCCAGUAUCAACCCGGCCAGAAGUUUCGCCCCCGCUCUGCUGCACGGACACUGGGAAUACCAAUGGGUAUACUGGGCGGGCCCGCUGGGCGGCGCGGCGCUGGCGGCACUAGCGCACCGCUGGGUGCUGGCGCCCCGGCCACGCGCGCGCGCCGACCCUGCUGAGCUGCCGCUACAGGACAAACCAGACCAGCCCUAGUGUUCAUAUACUUAUGAAUUUUAUUAAAUUACAUUUCAAUUAAGUA